AUGACAAUCACAUGUGAGAGAACGCAAACGCAUGCUCGCAAGUGCCCCCAAUUUGCUGGAGUGAAUGCAGGCAUGCUCGUCGCCACUGGGCCCAAUAACUUGGUCAUCAUGGAUAAGGGUGGAAUGUACAGGGUGACCAGCACAUGGAAAAACUCUGGAGACAGGUCAUCAGGCUCACCAUAUAGCAGCUUCCGGUACAUGCCUGACAUCAUGGGCUGCAAAAUCACUGUCACCGCAUCUGGAGGAGUGACACAUUGGGUGUUGAUGCCAGAUGACGAGCACAAUCUUCCCUUCCAUUCCCGACCAAACUUCGAUGCUAACUUCUGGACAAGUGAACUCGGUCUGGGACCAUCUAAACUGAAAUCGGCUACGAAACCCAUCAAGCACCAGUUACUUUCCGGGCUCGACAUGUUGUCUGUCAUGUCGGGACAGAAUACGACUCUGUUCCUCGUUUGGCCAUCCGACAAGAUGAGUCAAAGUGAGCGACAUCUGCGUCAGGAAGACGAGGAAGAGGACUAG